AUGGAGUUGCUGUUAAGCCUUUUCGUCUGGAUUCUUGGAGCUUUGGGAGCCAUCAUCGCCGUGAACCUGUUCCGACAGGCACUUCCACGAAGUAAAGACGAGCCGCCUACUGUAUUUCACCUGUUGCCAUUCAUAGGAAAUGCUGUGUCGUAUGGCAUAGACCCUCCUAGGUUCUUCAAAAAGUGCCAAGCCAAGCACGGAGAUAUUUUCACGUUCAUUCUUCUUGGCAAGAGGAUUACAUGCUAUUUUGGCAUCGAUGGCAACGAUUUUAUCUUGAAUGGUAGCCACGAUGAUCUCAGCGCCGAGGAGAUCUACUCCCCUUUAACGACGCCAGUCUUCGGUUCCGAUGUCGUAUACGAUUGCCCGAAUUCAAAACUGAUGGAACAAAAAAAGUUUGUCAAAUUUGGUUUGACGCAACGAGCCCUCGAGUGCCAUGUUCCGCUCAUUGAGCAGGAAGUUGUCAAUUAUAUCGGAAGCGAGGCGUCUUUCCUGGGGAAGUCUGGCACAAUGGAUGUCUCAAAAUCAUUGGCUGAGAUUACCAUUUUCACUGCUGCCCGAGCUCUCCAAGGAGACGAAGUUCGUGAGAAAUUGACGGCCGAAUUCGCGACUUUAUACCAUGAUCUCGAUAUGGGCUUCCAGCCGAUUAACUUCUUGAUGCCGUGGGCACCACUGCCACAUAACCGCAAGAGGGACGCCGCGCAUUCCAAGAUGAGAGCCAUAUACACGAGUAUCAUAGAAAACCGCCGAAAAAGCAGACUCAAAGAUGGAUCGGACAUGAUAUGGAGCCUGAUGAACUGCAGUUACAAGAAUGGCGCGCCAGUCCCAGAUAAGGAGAUAGCACAUAUCAUGAUCACGCUGCUUAUGGCUGGACAGCAUACCUCAUCCUCGGCCAGCUCAUGGAUAAUACUUCAUCUCGCAUCGCGCCCAGAUAUAACAGAACAGCUAUACCAAGAACAAGUUCAAAAUCUCGGCCAUAACGGCAGACUCUCGCCGCUACAAUAUGCCGAUCUAAGCAAGCUCCCCUUACUACACAAUGUGGUGAAGGAGACGCUACGAGUCCACUCUUCAAUUCAUUCAGUCAUGCGCAAAGUCAAACGGCCAAUUGAAGUCCCGGGGACUCCCUAUGUCAUUACACCGGACAAGGUCCUCCUUUCAUCGCCACUUGUAACAGCGCUGAGCAAUGAAUUUUUCCCCAAUGCCCAAAAAUGGGAUCCACACCGAUGGAGAAGUCUGGAGAAGGAGACUGAUACCUCGGACGAUUCCAUAUUCAAGGGAGCUAGAAGCCCAUACUUGCCAUUCGGCGCAGGUCGACACCGGUGCAUCGGCGAAAAGUUUGCUUAUUUGAACCUCAGCGUCAUUGUGGCCACCAUGAUACGCAACUUUCGGUUCUUCCUACUAGAUGAAAGCGGGAAUCUCCCCCAGACAGACUAUUCGUCUCUAUUCUCCCGACCAAAGCAGCCGGCUAUGAUUGGCUGGGAACGCCGACAUCACGAACAUAACGGGCUGCCUUAA